CCCCGACAGCCUGGCGGAGAAGGAGAGGCAGCUGAUGGGCAUGAUCACGCAGCUGACCAGCCUGAGGGAGCAGCUGCUGGCCGCCCACGAGGAGCAGAAGAAGCUGGCCGCCUCGCAGAUCGAGAAGCAGCGGCAGCAGAUGGAGCUGGCCAAGCAGCAGCAGGAUCAGAUCGCUCGACAGCAGCAGCAGCUCCUGCAGCAGCAGCACAAAAUCAACCUGCUCCAACAACAGAUCCAGCAGGUCCAGGGUCAGCUGCCCCCCCUGAUGAUCCCGGUGUUCCCUCCGGAUCAGAGGACUCUGGCUGCAGCCGCCGCCCAGCAGGGCUUCCUGCUCCCUCCGGGAUUCAGCUACAAGCCAGGCUGCAGUGACCCCUACCCACUGCAGCUGAUCCCAACCACUAUGGCGGCGGCGGCCGCAGCAACGCCUGGACUCGGCCCCCUACAACUCCAGCAGCUGUAUGCGGCCCAGCUGGCGGCCAUGCAGGUGUCCCCGGGGUCGAAGCACGGCAGCAUGCCCCAGGCCAACCUCGGCACACACUCGCCCACUAGUGGCCAGACGGAGAAGUGCAGGAGCACCCCACCUCCCAAACCCAAGGAUGAGGGCGCUCAGCCCCUGAACCUGUCGUCCAGGCCUAAGGCGACCGAGAGCAAGUCACCCACCUCCCCCGCUUCCCCACAGGUCCCUGCCCUGAAGCUGGGCCCCGGCUCCCUGAAGCACAGCGCCCCAGCCAGCAUCAGCAGCCCCCCCACCCGUGUCGGCUCCUUAGACCUGCUGUCAUCCAUCACGUCGGCCGGCUACCUGAACGACCAUGAGGCGGUGACCAAAGCCUUCCAGGAGGCCCGGCAGAUGAAGGAGCAGCUGAAGAGGGAGCAGCAGGUGCUGGAUGCCAAAGUGGCCGCCGUCAGCGGGCUGGGCCUCGGUGGCGGCCGCUCGGACAAGGAGAAGGGCAACUUGGAGAACCUGUCGCAGCAGCUGAAGCAGUCCGAGGAGAACAAGUUCAGCCACGCUGUGAUGGACUUCAACAUCAGUGGGGACUCCGACGGCAGCCCCAGCGUGUCGGACUCACGGAUGUUCCGGGAGGCGCGCGGCAGGGGGGGCAGCGAGCCGCACAUUAAACGCCCCAUGAAUGCCUUCAUGGUUUGGGCCAAGGACGAGCGCAGGAAGAUCCUGCAGGCCUUCCCCGACAUGCACAACUCCAACAUCAGUAAAAUCCUGGGCUCACGCUGGAAGGCCAUGACCAACCUGGAGAAGCAGCCGUACUACGAGGAGCAGGCGCGGCUCAGCAAGCAGCACCUGGAGAAAUACCCCGACUACAAGUACAAGCCACGGCCCAAGCGCACCUGCCUGGUGGACGGCAAGAAGCUGCGCAUCGGCGAGUAUAAGGCCAUCAUGCGCAACCGGCGCCAGGAGAUGCGCCAGUACUUCACCGUGGGGCAACAAGGCCAGCUGCCCUUGCCCUCAGCGGGGGUGGUCUACCCAGGCGCCCUCUCUAUGGCAGGCAUGCCCUCACCGCAGAUGCCGUCGGAGCACUCCAGCAUGUCCAGCAGCCCAGAGCCGGCCGUGGCCGUCAUCCAGAGCCCCUACCUGGGUGGCCUGAAGGGGGAGGAGCCCCGUGUCAAGGAGGAGGAGCUUCGACUGGAGGACGGAAACGGCGACGCCUACGACGACUUCGACUACGAGGAUGAGGACGGGGACUACGGCAGCGACAGCGAGAAUCACAUCGCCGCUCAGGCGCACUGAUCU